AUGACAUUACCAUCACAAUUUGUCCGCUCUUUUUAUCGGUUAUCAACCGCGGCACUUCGCAAUGUUUCCCUGGUAAUCCCAAAAAAAGCGCUCGCGGAAAAUGCCGCCCGUUUUGUUUAGGUGACACCCCGAAAACCUCCGGAAAUGGUGCCCGAAAAGCAAGUUCAGACGGUCACAGAGCAGAAUCUGCAGAAUUUGCUGACGGAGGAAGAGGAGACGAAUCGGAGCGUCGUGGAGCAGUUCGAGGAGCGAUUGCAAGGACGAAUCGAGACGGUGAUUCCGAAUGCGGUGAUCGCGGAGGCGAAAAGGAUCAAGGUCGAGACGGGUGAGUACUUGAUCGGCGGAUCAGUCUUGGUUUUGGAGCGUCCACAUUGAAAGUCAAAUAUCAGGGUCAGUUCAGGAAAAGCAACGUACCGAGCGAUCGAAUACUCGGAAGGCGAGCUGGAGAACUCGAGCCUGACGGACCCCCCGUCGCCCUCGAACCCUCACCCGUUCGACCCGUCCCAACUGCCGCCGGUCCACUCGCACUCGCUCGUUCCGUUCGUCAACCACUCGCCACUCCUCCGGUUUCUCGUCGACAUCGGAGUGGAUCUGGCGGAGGUCGAGAACACGACGAGCGUCGGAAAACACCUACUCCGACUGCAAAUGGACGAUGUUCGGCAGAAGAUCGAAUUGAUGCAGAACGAGAUCGGAUUCGAGAACGAGGCGAUCGGAAAGUAUCUGACGCGAAAUCCGUUUUUUCUGCUGCAAGACGUCAACGAUAUGCAGACGAGGCUCAACUAUUUGGAGCUGAAAAAGUUUACGAAGCCGGAACGGCGGAAGAUUGUGGACGAGUACAGGUACUGGCUGAAUUGCAACGUGAAACUGAUCGACUCGCGGCUCGGAUGGCUCCAGCAACAGUUCAAAUUGUCGGCGAAAUUGACGAGGGAGCUGAUUGUGAAAGAGCCGCGCAUCAUCAUGUUCGGCACGGGACCGCUCGAGCGAUUGGUGAAAAUGUUCACGAAGGAGCUGAAUUUCAGUGCGAAUCAGCUGAAAACACUGGUUCUCGAGGAUCCACGCCUCUUCAUGAUGGGUUGGUUUUGUUGUUUUGGCUUUUCAGGGAAAAUGUUUGUGUACUUGCAGAUUCGAAAUUGGUUUCGAAGACGUAUCGAUACGUGCGCGACGUGAUGCGAAUCAACAACGGAACGAUUCUGGAGCACCCGUUCCUGCUCCGCUGCUCGCUUAGCGUCAUCAAAUCGCGCCACGACUUCCUCUGCCGCCUCGGACGCGCCAAUUAUCAGUUGUCGACGAAGAAAGAGCUCACCGCGGAAAAUCCCAUCGAAAGCGUCGAUUUCGUUCCUCUCGAGCACUUUUUGCAUCCGACAGACGCCGGAUUCGCAAGACUCGCCGCCAAAACUUAUCCUGUUGCUUAUGACAAAUUUCUGAGAAACUCAUAG